GCUAUCUUUACAUUUUAAAAGCCUCGCUUCACUCUUUAACUUCCAAUUUCCUAGUGAGUUCACAAGACCGAUCUCAUUUAUCAGCAACGAGUGUUUUAGUUCUUUUUUGAUCGAUUCGUUGCAGCAAUGGGUUUGGCAUUCUCCCGGAUGCUAAAAGCGCUCUUUGCUAAACGUGAAAUGAGGAUUCUAAUGGUGGGCCUUGACGCUGCUGGCAAAACAACUAUACUUUACAAAUUGAAACUUGGGGAGAUCAUCACUACCAUUCCCACCAUCGGUUUCAACGUGGAGACCGUUGAGUACAAAAACGUGAGCUUCACAGUGUGGGAUGUUGGAGGGCAAGAUAAGAUACGGCCGUUGUGGAGGCACUACUUCCAGAACACACAAGGCCUCAUUUUCGUGGUUGAUAGCAAUGACAGGGAGAGGAUUACAGAAGCCAGGGACGAGCUCCAUCGAAUGCUUAACGAGGAGGAUCUACGGGACGCAACAGUUCUUGUUUUCGCAAAUAAACAAGAUCUUCCUAAUGCAAUGACUGUUCCUGAGGUCACUGAUAAGCUCGGUCUCCACUCUUUACGCCUGCGUCGUUGGUAUAUACAGAGCACUUGUGCUACCUCUGGCCAGGGACUCUACGAAGGCCUUGAUUGGCUAUCAAGCAAUAUUUCCACUAAGGUUUAAGCCUGCAGUGCAGAUUAAAGUCCCAAGUCCUCUCCAAAAGCAAAACCAGCUGUAAAACCUGCAGAGGUUUGACAAUCGUGUUUUGGAGCCAACUCCAAAUGGUAAAGGCGCAUAAUGAGUUAAUUACUGGGGGCAGAAUCAGAAUCAGAAUUAUAUAUGUACCAUAAAAAGGCUGUGAGUUUCAAAGCCCAUAUGUAGUCACAGUUCCUUACAUUUGGACAGACAGACACACACAUUAUUCCUGCAGAAACCAAAACCAGCAAAUGCUAAAUUAA